AUGAGGGUCUUCACGUCACUGCCUCUGCUGUUGGCGGCGGCCCAGGCCCGACCUCAGCAAAACUACCCCAGCUACAACACCCAGAAUAAUCAGCAGCAAUUCGCCCAGAACAACCAGCAAUUCAUCCAAAACUCCCAGCAGCAAUUCGUCCAGAACUCCCAGCAGUUCACUUCAAACACCCAGAGCGGUCUGGACGCCGUCAGCCUCUUCACGGGCACCGCGAACGGCAUCAGCAACAGCGGCGGCUUCACCAGCGUGUUCAGCUCUCCGUCAGCAACAGACACGGGCUCUGACUUCACCGCCGACACCCUGCUCUCCGUGGCAGCGCUGUCCAACUCUGGCAGACCGACCAACGCCUACUCUAACGGUGGUGUGACCCAGGACGCAGGCACCUCCAACUCGGGGUUUAUCGAAGGUGGAGUGAGUGGCGUGGUUUCUGAUAAUGGGUUUAUAAACGGAGGUUUUACAGACGGUGGUGUUGUAUUCAGCAAUGCUGGGAAUGUCCAGUCUACUGGCAGCUUCUCCGGCAGCUCUGGAUUCUCCGGCGGAGGCCUGUCCCACGCAGGCACCUUUAUCGUCAACUCCGGAUCUAACGUCGUAUCGGGCGGCUCAGGCGGCUGUGCGGCGGAUCAGACCGUCACCGUCAGUCAGCGUCAGACUGUGGUGCAACAGGUGGUGAACACAGUGAACGCUCCGCAGCUGCAGACACAGACCGUCACCAGCACAGCAGUGGUGCCGCAGCUGGUGACACGCACUGCACUCCGCACCAGCGUGGUGACGCGCACCGCUCUGGUGACACGGCUCCUCACCCAGACGCAACUUCAAACAGUCGUCACCACGGUUCGUCUGAGAGAUGUCAUCGACACUGUGACUGAGACUCAGCCGGUGACGCAGACGAUAACCCGCGAGAGCACACGGACGGUGCUGGUGACGCGUCAGCUGGUGAGCACGGUGGUGCAGACGAUCACCAGCACCAGGCUGGUGCAGAGCACGGUACCGGUGCCGCGGCUGGUGGUGCAGACUAGCGUGGUGUUGGUGACGGCUCCAGCACAGACGCGGGUCACCACUGUGGUGCAGGACCGCGAAAUCACCAGCGUGGUGCAGCAGCAGCCGCAGACCAUCGUCCGCACCAGUACCAAUGUCCAGACGCGGGUUGUGACCCAGCCAGUGCGGCAGCCUGACCAGGUGGUGACCGUCACCAGCGUGCAGGUGGUGCCCGUCACCAGUGUGGUGAUCUCCACACAACUGGUGCCGCAACUGGUGACCAUUACAAGUACCACUGACAACACACUAACUCGUACAGUGUCCAGCACCACAGUGGUGCAGGUGCCACGGGUCACUACUCGCACCGAACUGCGCACCAGCGUCACCACCCGGCUGGUGACACAAACACAACAGGUGGUGCAAACAGUCGCCCGAGAUGUGUUCAGUACGGUAGUGGUGCCAGCGCAGGCGCAGACUGUUGUGGUGACACGGACGGUUUUGGUGACCAGCACAGUACGGGGUGGCGACAGGACGGUGACACAAGUGGUGACGGUCGCCCAGCCGAGAGAGAUCACCACCACCCGGCUGGUGCAGAGCGUGGUGCCGAGGGAGGUGGUAGUUACACAGACUGUGAAAGGCUACUGCGGCGGCGCCAUCAUCCUCACCGCUGUGGUCCCUCCACUGACGCACACCAAUGCCAUCAUCGGCUGCCUCUCUUCUUCUGCAUCAACAUGA